AUGUCUUCGCCGCUCCCCCACUGCUUGCACCGUUUUUCCCGGGGCCGAAAACUCCCCGAGGAACUUUCCCGAACCGGUCCCAAAGUGCCAGGAAGCCGGCGUCCCGUUUGCUCCCUGGCUGACUCGCGCUCGCCGGCGGAUGGCUGCGUCCCGGAAGCGGCGAGGAGCAGACUCCGCUGUGGCAGCGGCCGCUGCACAGACGGACAAGGGCCAAGGCGCCACGGCGAUCCCCCCGCUGCAGGUCGUGCAGAAUCUGCCUCGACAGGCGACGCUGGCGCGCACGGAGACAAACUUAUUGGUGCAUCGCGAGGAGCAAGUGGGGUCGGCCCUGGAGCGCCGCCCAACCUGGCGAACGUCCCGCGGUUUCUACGCGAAAAACAGAGAGGUGGAAACGCCGCGCCCGUCAAAGUGACGGGAGAAAGGCGCCUGCUGGGUUCUCAACUUCGGUUGACUCCGGUCUCUGCGCUUUAUCCUCGUGAGGUCGCCGCUCCUGUUCGUACUGCGACUCCCCCCACCUGCCCACCACCUCGGCCUGUCCCUGUUCGCGACCGUUUCUUUUCUUCACUGUCUUCCUUCCCGUCAGCGCCUCUGGUUCUCUCGUCUGCUCCCUUCUUGCCCGCGUCUCCCGCUUCCUCUGGUUCUUCCCCGUGCCUUUCUCUGUGCCCCACGCGGAGUUUCUCUGUUGCCUCGCGCAUCCACUUCCUCAACAGUCGAACGCGCUUUCAGACGGUCCUUCACUCCGCAGACCUCGCCCCGCCCUUCCUGCUUCUUCCUCUGUCCUCUCCACGGCCGCUUCUCGCCUACCACCAUCGUUUCCGCACGCGAAACAAAAAGCGAGGCAGCCGGUUCCACGCGCACCCCCUGCCUCUGCCUCCGCCGCCUCUCUCGCCGCCCCGCUCGGACGCCGCGCACAUGUACGUGGGGUCUCCGCUGUCUGCCUCGGCUCUCGCUACAGCGGCCGGUCAGCAGCCGCUUCCCCCGCCUCUGCUCCGGCACUUGCAAGGCCUUUUUCCCGUCUUUCGGGGUUCCGAGUGCGAUCCACGGUGCGGCGUUGGACCCUCAGGAGAGGCGUCCGGACUCGCACUGCUUCCGCCGCCGAGUCUGGUGGAGCCUAGACACCUCGAAGACCUCGCGCGGCGCGCGCUGCACGCGCACGGCGAAGAACGGCGAGACGCGUCGGAACCCGCCAAGUAUAAAAGCGACGCGCUCUUUUGGAAGGAACUCGCCGAGCGAGUCGAGAAAGUUCGCGACGUUCUGCCGAUCGAGUCUCUCGUGAGGCUGCUCACGAUUCUCACGCUGCGCAGGACCUCGGGCACAGUUCGGCCCAUUCCGCAGGUUUUCCAGGCUUUCGAGUCUCAAGACGACGCGGCGCGCGAAGGCGGGCCGAGCAAGAGCGAGACAGGUUUGACGCUGUCGAACGAGGCGCUCCCGUGUGUGAGGCCUGUGCCUCCGCGUCUGCUGCUCGCCUCGACUCGCGAAUUCCUGGAGGACUUGAAGAAGCUGUCGCCGCCUGCCACUGCCGCCUUGGCUGCAACCUUCGCGUGGAGCAACUGCACUAGCUCUGCGCUUCUCUUCGCUCUCAUGGAGCGCUGGGCGUGGCAGCCGUCGGGCGAGGCGACGGCCGAGGAACGCCAGGCGCCCGCGCGUGCACCGGGGCAGAAAGACGGCAGGGACGAGGCCGACGAGCAGGCGAAGACAUCCCCAGAGGACGGCUUUUCGGAGAAGCAUCAAGGCCACCUGGGAGACUUCACGCCAGCAGAUUUUGCUCUGUUUGUCGCUUCGCUGGGCCACCUCGCAUCUCAGCAGGAGGCGGCCCACGCCAGACACCGGCGCCAGGCUCGGCAUGCGCAGGAAAUAUCGGGGAAACAAAUCAUGGCCGCGUAUCGCGAGCGGCAGCGCAGGCAGCUUGGGAGGAGUUUGGACUCGAAGACAGAGACAGAGACGUGUCACUUUAGUCCGUCCUUCUUCGACGGCUGCUGCCGGUACAUGGCCAACCGUGCAGAGGAUUUUUCUCUGUUCUCCUUUUCGUCUGCCGCGAGAACUCUGGUAGAGAACCUAGAGAUCCGGAGCCUUCUCACAGAGGCGCACGGGAGAAAAAAUGUGGACAGCGAGGCCGCAGGCAGUUCUGAAAGCCUGGCCUCCCAGAGACACUCCCUGUCGAGAGCCUCUGUGCCGGCGCUUUCCAGAACACCGGGGCCGCACGUCUCCUGUCCGACUCCGAACUCCGUUGAAAAUCUUUCGAAGGCGAUUUGCCUUUUCGUUACGUCGUGGGAGAGUGGAGACAAAAAGCAUCAUGGGAGUCUGGCAAGCAGGGUGGCCGAUCUUCUGCUUGUCGCUAGACUCCUCCGUGCAGCCUCACAAUGUGAGCUGUAUGUACACCUGCAUCGUGCGCUUCGAUCCGAGGCAGAAGGGAAUCAGAUGAUCGAGAACCGGCAGAAAACAACGCUCGGUCAGCCAACGCCCGAUGACAAAACAGACAAAAACGGUCAUCAGCCCUCAAGCAGCACAGACGACGUUUGCAAGACUCUUUUGGCACAUAUAACCCGCGAGCUCGUCCAGGUGCACAACGAACUGGAGGUUCUUCCACUUCUCGAGUCGACCUCAGCAAGCGACGAAAAGGGGAAGAUCAGGCGUGGCAAAGAUGAUUCGGCGACUGAACUCACGGCCCAUCCUGGGUUUUCGCCAGAACGAGGAUUUUUGACCUUCCGCCCGGAGACUGUGUAUGUUCGAAAUGAACUGCUGGCGGCUGCGGGGGAGAGUGCGGCGGCUGUCGUCAGACUUUGUCACGCCAAAUCGCUGCUCCGGACAACUGGAGAGGUCGCCGGCGAACCUCCGAGUGCGCGAACGGUGAACGCGGAGGAAACGCCCCCUUCUUCUCGGCUCCCUACCGGUGCUGGACUUGCUGGUGUGAGAAGUUGUGCGCCGGGGCAACCGGUCGAGCGCAUGCAACUCGACAGGCUUGGCCAGGUCAAACCGGAGACCGAACAGUUCGUGGACGCCGUUGAUCUCAUCCUUCGAGAGCGCGGAGCAGCGGGCGCCCCGACGGAACAGAUGGCAGACUUGAUGGAGUUGCUGGCCGUCUCCCUCCCCGAGAAGAACACUGAAGAGCCUGAAGCGAGGUCCCGCUGGUACCGAGUGGGGUUUGGCGGCAAGGCAGAGAAGCCGAGCCAAGAGAAGUUCUCCUCCCUGCAGGCGUUGAGCGCGGAAAUUGUAAGGCGCUACGCGGCCUUGAGUGUCGAACAGAAACGCCGGAUAAAGUGCGCGACGAAACAGAUUGGCUGGGAGGACCCGUAUUUGAAUCACUGCUUGGGAAGCUUCACGUCGGCGGUUGCGCGACAACGCUUCGAAGCGACAACUAAGCCUUGA